GUGUAUCUCUCAUAUCGAGGUUUCUCUCUGUCUCCCUCUCCCUUCCACUCUGCCUAAAAAUCAAUGGGAAAAAUACCUUUGGGUGAGGAUUAACCACAAAAUGAUUGGCUAUUAGCUUUGAUGAAGUUAAGAAAAUAAUAACAAAUUCUCCACUUAAAGAUGGGCUACAGAGAUGUUCUGCAAAUAUAAUCUUGGUGUUGAGCACCUUGAAUAUUCUUAACAGGUGAUUUAUAAUGGAACAAAAGGGAAGUGUAUAAUUGCAUAUCAUUUCCCCAGCGAAAAUGAGUGUCCUUUGUAUUUUCUUUUCAGUACCACCUAAGAAGUUUGAUUUCUUAGAAUGGUUUUUGUAAUUUCAUAAUUACUGUUUUAAGAAUGUCAUCAUUUUUCUGAGGUUCUAAUUGCAGGUGUUUUCGAAAAACAAAACAAAACAAAAACCCCCCACAACAUUCACAGUUUAGAUGUGAGAAAGGACAUGAGGAGACCAAAGAAGACCUGGGAUUUUGCUGAUCAGAAUGAAACAAAUCUUGAAAGACUUUUCAAAUCUCUUGCUGGUGAUGCUCUGUGACUGUGUUCUCGGAGAAGCUGAGUAUCUCUUCUUGGGAGAGCCAGGACAUGUAGCGCUGAGCAACACCACCGUGUCUGUGGAUUUCCAGUAUUUUGAUGGCGCGAACGGGACCCUGAGGAAUGUAUCUGUGCUGUUGCUGGAGGCGAACACCAAUCAGACUGUGGCCACCAAAUACCUCCUGACCAACCAAUCCCAGGGGACACUUGAGUUUGAAUGCUUCUACUUCAAGGAGGCUGGCGACUACUGGUUCACAAUGACCCAGGGAGUGACGGACAGCAGCCCUCCAGUCCCCUGGCGGGAGGAAGGUGCCUUUCUGAAGGUGGAAUGGCCCGUCUUUCAGGUUGAUCUGAAUAGGACAUCCAAAGCAGCGGAAGGCACCUUCCAGGUGGGCCUUUUCACCAGUGAACCACUCUGCCCGUUCCCUGUGGACAAGCCUGGCGUGGUGGUGGAUGUCGUCUUCACCAACAGUCUUCCCGGGGCAGGAACAAGCCAGGAACAGCCCCUGGAGAUAAGAAGCAGCAAGAGGACAGAACUCGCUCAGAGUCAGUGGGUUGAGUUUGGCUGUGCACCCGUGGGGCCCGAAGCCUAUGUCACCGUGGUGCUGAAGCUGUCUGGCCGAGACUCCGUCAUCACCUCCGUGGGACCCAUUGACCUGGCCCAGAAAUUCGGGUACAAGUUGGUGAUGGUGCCAGAACUCACGUGUGCGUCCCGGGUGGAGGUGACGGUGCUGCCGCCGCCGUGCAUCUUCGUCCAAGGCGUGAUCGCUGUCUUCAAGGAGGCCCCCUGGCUGCCCGGGGAGAAGAGCAUCCGCCUGGCUGAACACAGACUGACGCUGGGGCAGAGGAGAACAGUGUUCAAUUGCACUUUGUUCGACAUGGGGAGGAAUAAAUACUGCUUUGACUUUGGCAUUUCAAGCAGAAGCCAGUUUUCUGCAAAGGAGAAGGAGUGCAUGCUGAUUCAGAGAAAUAUAGAAACUUGGGGACUGUGGCAGCCGUGGAGCCGGUGUAGCGCCACGUGUGGGGAUGGUGUCAGAGAGCGUCGCCGCCUGUGCCUCACUUCCUUCCCCUCCAGACCUGGCUGCCCCGGAAUGUCCUCGGAGACCUCCCGGUGUUCCCUGGAGGAGUGUGCCGCGUUCCGGCCAUCCAGCCCGUCCCCUCUUCAGCCCCAGGGCCCAGCGAAGUCCAACAACGUUGUGACGAUCACCGGGAUCUCCCUGUGCUUGUCCAUCAUCGCGGCCACCGUCCUCAUCACGCUGUGGAGGAAGUUCGGCCGCCCCCCCAAGUGCGGCACCCCCGCCCGGCACAACUCCAUCCACUCGCCCAGCUUCCGGAAGAACUCGGACGAGGAGAACAUCUGCGAGCUGAGCGAGCAGCGCGGGAGCUUCUCGGAUGCGGGUGACGGGCCCCCGGGCGGCCGCGGGGACCUGGGCAUCCCGCUGGCCUACCGGCAGAGCGUGCCGGCGACCCCCGAGGACGAGGCCUCGGGCAGCGAGAGCUUGCAGUCCGGCGCCCAGAAGAUCAUCCCCCCGCUGUUCAGCUACCGGCUGGCCCAGCAGCAGCUGAAGGAGAUGAAGAAGAGAGGCCUGACCGAGACCACCAAGGUGUACCACGUGUCUCAGAGCCCGCUCACCGACACGGCCAUCGCCGCCGCCGCGCGGCCCGCAGACCUGCCCUUGGACCCAGAGGGCCCAGAAGAGGCUGCAGCAACCAAGUUCCGCAUCAAAUCCCCGUUCCUGGAGCAGCCCGCGGCCGGGGCCGGGGACAGGCCUCCCUCCCGGCUGGACGUGCCGGCCUCGCAGGCCAGCUGCACCAUGAGCCCCAGCCAGACCCUCAUCCGCAAGUCGCAGAUGAGGCACGGGGGCAGCCGCGGGGGCCUGUCGGAGAGAAGCCACCCCAGGAGCCUUCAUUUCAGGAGGACCGCCAGCUUCCACGAAACCAAGCAGGCCCGGCCGUUCAGGGAGAGGAGCAUGUCCACGCUGACCCCGCGGCAGGCCCCGGCCUACAGUGCGCGGGCGCGGCCCUGGGACCAGGCAGAGGACAGGUGUCGACCUCCGAGUCGAGGUGCCGUGGUAUUUCCAGAGAAACGGGACCAUUUCCAAGGAGCAGGUGGGACCAGCACUCCACUAGGCUCUCUCCCUAAACCCUGCGCCUUCGGGCAGCCCCUGAGGAAGCCAGACCUAGGGUUUCGCCAGGCAGGAUUGGUGGCGGGAGGUGAGAGAGCAGAGCCGCCCAGAGCUCGGAGGGGACCGUCCCCCAGUCAAAGGAGUGUCUCAAGGAAGCAGCCUUCACCCACUGCCCCCAAAGAUAGCUACCACAGGGUGAGCCCUCUGAGCCCUCCUCCGUGUAGGAAAGACCGGUGUCAGAGCUUCCCGGCUCACCCCGAGUUCGCCUUUUAUGACAACACGUCCUUCGGCCUCACCGAGGCUGAGCAGAGGAUGCUAGACCUCCCUGGAUAUUUUGGGUCAAACGAAGAGGAUGAGACCACAAGUACACUUAGUGUGGAGAAGCUGGUCAUCUAGUCCAAGACCAGCCAGAGACUUCACACACCUGGUGUCCUUUGCCCAGCUCGUGUUGUCAGCUGCUCAUCUUGUCCUGUGGGUUGCUUGGUGUAACUGUACAGUAGGACGGAAUGUAGGCAGGAAGUAACCUGUAUGUGUGUUGUUCUUGCAUUCUAAUUCAUAAGAAAGAGGUUAUUUAUCCUGAGUUUUUCCCUUUGUUAUCCUAUUUCUAUUGGUUUAUUACUAAUAACUACAAUAAUAAAAUUUAAACAAGACUGAAAUGGGGCUUGGACUUUUGUGUGGAUAUGAAAUAUGACAGAAGGUGAUUUGUGAGUGGGAAAUGCUGUGAACACUUCUUUGACAGUUUCCAACUUGAAACAAAUUGAACAAAGCGAACUUGCUAAUCCAACUCUGACUUCUAAUUUAUUGUUAGAAAUACGUAAGAAUGUGACAUCUACAGGGGCAUUAUUGAACAUGUUUAGCAAAUUAAGUCAGUUCUGACUAUUACGUAGUAGGCUGUCUAGUCAUGGUAAUACUGCGAGAUAUUCCAGAAGUUUCAGGCCAGAGUUGGGUAAUAUCUUACAUGUUUUUGGAUUUUUUUUUAUUCAACCAAAUAAAUUUGGUGACUUGACACAAAAUUAUGAGUUAAUUAUGCUUUGGAGGAAUAAUAUAAAAAGCCGAUUGUUCAGGUACUGAUUCAAAUGAAGACCUACCCAUACAUCCAUCAUUGUUUUGAGCAAAAAGUAAACAUUUUGGAAAGGGAGGUAUUGUGUCCUGAGAGCAUCAGCUGGAGCAUGAGCAGUGGGUGCUGUCCACCGCCCAGCCUGCACCAGCGCGGUGCCAGGACCCCAGGGGCUGUCUGAAACUGGGUGUGUGUGUUUCUGAGAUAACACUAUCAUAUUAAUCAGAAAGUAUGUGAAUUAAUAUCAGGUAUAUGGAAAGCAGGCGGACUAGAUUAUGCUCUUAUGGCUUAGUCUUUUUUAAUUGGAAGACAGAGUAAAGAGGGAAAGAGGAAAGUCUUUUAGAAAUUUAGAAUCACUUUUAUUUUCUGAUUAAACUGCCUGUCACAUUUUACAGAUGAAGAAUUUGAGGCUCAAGGAGGGAAAUUCACUUCUGCAGAGUUGGAUGAAUAUGGACUCAUUUUUACUCUAAUCACCAAACUCUCUGCUCUGCCGUCGCAGCCUUUGAAAGUCUUCUCUAACAGUGGCAAGUUCAGGAGAAAGCUGGCCCUUUGGCAGUAGACACAGAGAGAUGCCUUCACUAGUUUUUUCCAAAGAAAGGAAGCUUUCUGCGGCUCGAUGUUAGAACUGGUUUUGCGUCUUGUUUGGAGGUGAGGGCUACACAAAACCUAAAGUUGGGCUCCUUCACUGGAAGUCACCGUCAGAUACCGCGUGGGCCCUCUGCAAUAGGCGUCUUCAGCAGAGCGAUCUCAGCCUGGAACCUAAAGCCUUGUCUGCAUACACUUGAGUAGCAGCACUUUCCUUAUUGUUCCCCGUGACCUCUCCAGUGGCCGCACCCACCCUGCCAUUCAGCCUGUUUUCCUUCUUCCUCUUCAUGUUUAUCAGGAUGUCAGCCUGCUGGCAAGAUUUUGAGGACGAUUGGAGAGCGCUGAAUUGAUGGCACA